AUGGCAACCGAUUAUUUAUAUCUUGGAUGGACGGAUUACGGCAUGUUAAUUUUUCUUCUUGGUUUGUCAGCUGCAAUCGGUAUUUGGCAUGGCUGCUUUGGUUCAAAACAAGCAACUACUAAAGAUUUUUUAAUGGCAGGUGGUGAAAUGAGUAUAUUACCAACUGCAAUGAGUUUAUUAGCCAGUGUAAUGUCCUCAGCAACAUUACUUGGUGUACCUGUUGAAAUCUAUAAUUAUGGUACAAUGUAUUUGUAUUGUCUAUUUGCAUGGUUUUUUGCAACUUAUUUAACAAGUCAAUUAUUUGUACCGAAAUUUCGCCAAAUUGGUUGCGUUAGUAUAUAUGCGUAUCUUGAAAAACGUUUUUCAUUAAAAUUACGUAUUUGUGUAACGCUAACAUACAUAAUUAGUAAUAUAUUGUUUAUGUCAGUGACAUUAUAUGGGCCAAGUUUAGCAUUAAGUCAAGUAACUGGUUUAGAUGUUUGGCUUGCCGUUAUAUCAUGUGGGAUAAUUUGCACAUUUUAUACAAGUAUUGGUGGAAUGAAAGCAGUUAUAUGGACAGAUGUUGUUCAAACAUGUGUAAUGUUUAUUGGGAUUAUUUUAUCAAUUAUUUUUGGUUUUAUUGAUGUUGGCGGAAUAAGUAAAGUAUUCCGAAUAGCAAAUGAAGGACACCGAAUAAAUUUCUCAACGUUUGCAUUGGAUCCAACUAUUCGUUACACAUUUUGGUCAGUAAUGAUCGGUGGUACAAUAUAUUCAACAUCAUUAUUAUGUUUUUUACAAACACAAGCACAACGAUAUAUGUGCGUAAAAACAACACGCGACGCACAAAAAGCUGCUUGGAUUAAUUGGAUAAUGUGUGCAUUAGUACUUAUUUUAUGUUCUAUUGUUGGUCUUCUCAUUUUUGCUAAAUAUCAUGAUUGUGACCCAUUGAAAACUAAACUUGUUGCACGAUCAGAUCAAUUUUAUCCAUUAUUUGUUAUACAAACUUUAGGUAAAUUUCCUGGUUUAACGGGUAUUUUUAUUGCUUGUAUAAUGAGUGCUUCACUAAGUUCAAUAUCAUCUGGUGUUAACAGUACGACAACAGUUAUUAUUGAAGAUAUUUACAAACGUCUUCGACCAAAUCAACCAUUAUCGGAUCAUUUACAAGCAACAAUUUCAAAAUAUAUGUCUCUUGUACUUGGUAUUUUAACUAUAUUACUUGCUUUUGUUAUGUCUUACUUGACAAAUAUUCUUGUUAUUGUAUUUUCCAUAUUUGGUACAUUAGCUGCACCAAUAUUUGGUGUAUUUUUACUUGGCUUUUUCUUUCCACGUGUUAAUAGUCGAAAUGCUCUUAUUGGAUUUAUAAUUAGUCUUAUAGUACAAAUAUGGAUUCUUAUUGGUGCUAAUUUAACAUCAAAACAACAAUUAAAAAAGGCAUUACCUACAUCGAUCAAUGGAUGUUCUUUACCCAUUGUACAAAAUAUCACAUUUAAUAAUACUGAUACUAUUAAUCUGAAUUUAGAAUUAAAUACUGCAUCGAACAGUAUCUUUUUACCUCUUUAUUCAAUAUCAUUUAUGUGGUAUGCUGUUAAUGGAGUUUUAAUUACAACUAUUAUUGCUUUAUUGUGUUCUUUAUUACCCAAUGACUCAACGUCUAAUCAUGACGAUGAACCGAUCGAUCCAUCUGUCUUGAUAUCAUGUCGAAAAGCUUUCUGCUGUUGUUUUGUUACCCAAAACAUGAUGGGAGACCCGGAAAAUGUUCCUUCAAACGAUCAUAUAGACAAAUCGGAAGUUAAUGGUAGAAAGUAUGAAGGUCCAAAUGAACGAGAUGACUCUGAACUUAUGCUAUCUCCGACAGAUAUUCAAAUGCUAUAG